ACCCUGCAGCCGUCGCGGCGGAGUGCUCUUCUUCUCCAUUUCAACUGCAGGUUUCUGCGACAACCUCGUCAGGUGAGGUAAGUCAUGGUUAAGCACAAUAAUGUCGUGCCUCAUUCCCACUUCAGGAAACACUGGCAGAACUAUGUGAAAACAUGGUUCAAUCAGCCUGCCAGGAAAGCAAGAAGAAGAAUUGCAAGGCAAAAGAAGGCUGUGAAGAUUUUCCCUCGUCCUACUUCUGGCCCUCUGCGUCCUAUUGUACAUGGCCAGACUUUGAAGUAUAACAUGAAACUGAGAGCUGGUCGUGGGUUCACACUUGAAGAACUUAAGGCUGCAGGUAUCUCAAAGAAACUUGCUCCCACCAUUGGCAUAGCUGUUGAUCACCGUCGUAAGAAUCGAUCUCUAGAGUGUCUUCAAGCCAAUGUUCAGAGACUUAAGACAUACAAGGCCAAAUUGGUCGUGUUCCCAAGGCGUGCUCGCAAAUUCAAGGCUGGUGAUUCUGCUCCUGAGGAACUUGCAUCUGCAACCCAAGUUCAAGGACCAUACAUGCCUAUUGUUCGUGAGAAGCCUUCUGUGGAGCUUGUGAAGGUUACUGGUGAGAUGAAGUCAUUCAAGGCAUAUAACAAGCUCCGUGUGGAGAGGAUGAAUGAACGCCACCUUGGAGCCAGAUUGAAGAAGGCUGCUGAGGCUGAGAAGGAAGAGAAGAAGUAAACUGCUUUUACAGGGUUGUGUCCUGCAUUUUGAUCAUAACAGUUAUCGAGGUCUUAGUUUUGCCUUAGUACUUCCAAAUGAAUUGGGCUUUGUUCCAUGAACGUGUUUUUGAUAUUGUUCUGUUAUCUGUUUUUUUGUCAAGAGUAGUUUAGUUUCUUGCGCUGGUGUAGCAACUUUGCGUUGGCAAUGAAAAUCUUGGUGUUUGGCAUUACUUCAAUAGGUGGUGUUCUUAUCGUAAUUCUGGCAAUAUCAGUAUGGAAGGAUUAAGGCGUAAACGUAGAAAGAAAUUGUACUGAGAACAAGUUCGGUUUCAAGAUUUAAAAUAUU